ACAAUGCAGGACUCGGAAUUUUCAUCAGACUAUUCUGUCAUGCUCGAGAACAUGGUCCGAACACUGGACAAAAUAUUAGUGAGUGCCAAUACAUUUCAAGUGUCGGCAAGGACGAUUUGCGAAUCAAAGCAAAUAUUUGAGUUUCUCAAAAAACUUCUAUCCACCUCAUCUCCGGCCUACCGGAUCGUAUUUUCGACGGCAAGUAUCCUCAACAUCGUUAUGGGACGCACCGGAUCCGACGACGCCACCCCAAGUCCAGAGGAUGAGGCGCUCGUCCUCGACGUCGUCAGCAGAGUGCUGAACCUUAUGCACCGAAUUGUUGAAGCUAAGAAUCCUUCCGACGGAAAAUACUCUUUUCGGGCGUUGGUGAUGAUCUCUGCGGUCUGCGCCUCAGGCAUUCGGUCCUGCGUAUCUACUGAUUACGAUUGCAGUGACGAGAGUGAUCCGCAGUCAACACAUAAAGCAGAACUCGCGAAUUGCUGCUAUUCAGCAAUGAUGAAAUCCGUGAUCCCCAACUUCAACAAAAUUGAGCUGGACGAAAGUAACGGUCCAUUCUAUGAGUGGUUCGUGAACUGUAUGAAUGGUAUUUACGAUGUGAGACACUGCGACACGAGAAACUUGUCAAACUACUUGGCUGAACAGGGAUAUCUACUGACCUUACCACGUCUCACGACUCUUGCAACGUAA